CCUGCCUGUGCUGUCAGAGCGCACCCCGCUCCUUCAGCUGCUCCACACCUCAGAUGGCCUGCUGCUGCUGCGGCUCCUACAACUCGUGGAAACUAGAAUGUCUUUGGCGCUCCUUUGCAUGAAGACAACCCGCUCGUAAGGACAUAUUUUGUCAAACCAAUCUUUUUAUUACUGAUCACAAUGGCUCUUAAUUAUGAACCUUCACGGACACAUCCGCUCUUGGCAUUUAUCACGUUCGUUGCGCUGUGGGGUUUUGCGCUCUCCAUCACCCGCUACUCCAUACCGGAGGAAAUGGAAGAGGGUUCCUUUGUUGCCAAUCUAGCCACAGAUCUCGGUCUGGAUGUUCGCAGUUUGUUGGAGCGCAACGCGAAGCUCGAUGUCAUUCACAGCAAAAAUUACCUGGACAUCAACAAAGACACGGGGGAGCUGAUCAUCCGCGAAAGAAUGGACCGGGAGAGCAUAUGCAUGACCAAAACGACCUCUUGCUUCCUGAAAAUGGAUGUCAUCCUCUCUAAUCCCGUUCGCAUUUUCAACAUUGAGCUGGAGAUCUUGGACAUCAAUGACAACGCGCCCGUUUUCCGGAGGAAGACGAUGCAUUUGGACGUUUCAGAGGCAACCCCUGCCGGCGAGAGGUUCUCCCUGACAAACGCGGUGGAUGCGGAUGUGGGGGCGAAUUCAGUCAAGACCUACUAUCUGAGUGAAAGCAGAUACUUUAGCAUUAACAUCCAGACUGGCAGCGAUGGGUCCAAAUAUGUGGAUCUGGUGCUCAGUGCUAAACUGGACAGAGAGGAGGAUGCAAUUCAUAAUUUGAUUUUAACUGCAGUGGAUGGGGGAGUGCCUCCUCGCUCCGGCACAGCCAGCAUAAUCAUUAAUGUUCUAGAUAUCAACGAUAAUGCCCCCACUUUCAGUCAGCCCGUCUUUGCUGUCAAUGUUUCAGAGAAUUCUCCUGUAGGGACGGUGGUGAUGACCUUAAACGCAACUGAUUUAGAUGGAGGCGCAAACGCUGACUUGGUAUACUCCUACACUCUUUACACAUCAGAAAAGACACAGGAGCUCUUCUCCCUGGAUCCAAAGUCAGGUGAGAUCAGAGUGAAGGGGGUGAUUGAUUAUGAAGAGAAUCAAAGUUUUGAAAUGCACGUUCAGGCUAAGGACAGAGGGGCAAACCCGCUGUCAGGACAUUGUAAAGUGAUGGUUUAUGUUACGGACCUGAAUGAUAACCACCCAGAAGUGAUCAUCAAAUCCCUGAAGAGAUCAGUGGCUGAAGAUGUCUCUGUAGGGACUCUGAUUGCUGUGGUUAGUGUCAGUGAUAGAGAUUCUGGAGACAACGGGGAUGUGGACCUUACCCUGAACCAACAGGAAGCCUUACCCUUUCUUUUAAACAAAUCCUCAGAGGGUUACUUUGAGCUGCUGGUGUCAAGGCCGCUGGACAGAGAGGUCAAAGGCAGAUAUGAUAUCAAACUUUUAGUGACAGACAGAGGUUCUCCAGCUUUAACUGAAAAUGAAACCAUCACCUUAGAGAUUCUGGAUGUCAAUGACAAUGCUCCCAUGUUCUCUCAGUCCUUCUAUACAAUCCAUGUUAUGGAGAAUAAUCCACCUGGUGCGUUGUUGACAUCUUUAAGUGCACAUGACCCAGAUUUGAAUGAAAACCAAUACUUAGUUUAUUUUAUAAUGGAAAAAGAAAUAGUAAACAUGUCUAUGUCCAUGCUUUUCUCUAUCAACCCUGAGAACGGAGAUCUUUAUGGCCUGAAGACCUUUGACUAUGAGAGAGAAAAGGAGUUCCUGUUCCACAUUGAAGCUAGAGACUCUGGUGUUCCACCACUAAGCAGCAACGUGACAGUUCAUAUAGUCAUUCUGGACCAAAAUGAUAACAAUCCCAUCAUUGUAUCACCAUGGCGGGGCCAUGGCUCUGUGGUUGAGGAGGUCAUACCUAGGUCCACAGAGAAAGGACACUUGGUGACCAAAGUGGUUGCCAUUGAUGCAGACUCUGAGCAGAAUGCCAGGGUCACAUACCAGUUGCUGCAGAUCAGUGACUCGACUCUCUUUAGCCUGGAUCAGUACAAUGGUGAGAUCCGAACAACAAGGAUGUUCAGCUAUAGAGACCCAAGACAGCAGAGACUGGUGGUUAUAGCAAAAGACAAUGGACAACCUGCUCUGUCUGCUACUGUUACUAUUAAGAUAUCAACAGUGGAGCAUUCCAUGACCUUCUUAGAGACAACAGAGUUACCAUUAGAGUAUGAAGUCUUCACAAACCUAAACCUGUACCUCGUUAUUGGUCUAGGAGCUGUGUCCUUUCUGCUGCUGAUAACCAUCUUGGUUAUCAUUGUCCUGAAAUGUCAAAAACCAAAGCCAAAGGCCAUCAAGAUGCCCCCAGCCAACAGAAACAGCUUGAUCAGCCAGAGAAGCUCCACUAUUGCAGAUUCCACCCUGAUCUCCAGUGAUGCCUACUGGUAUAGCUUGUUCCUCGCCGAAACCAGAAAGGGGAAAGUGGUGGUGAGACAACCCAUCAUUCCCAAAGGAGCAGGAUAUUUUGUAUCCAGCAUACCCAGGAGCAUAGGCCCAAGUGAAACCACAGACUCCAGAGCAUCAACACUGGAGUACUCAAAAUGAAAGGAAGUCCAUUCUACAACUGGAGCAGGAGCCCAGAAGAGACCUGCGGUGAUGUAACCAUCUCUUCACGGGAGGACGAAACUUCCCAGGGACUUGGAAAGAAGAUAAAAAGAUUUUUUUUGCCCUUAGUCUCUGUGCUCCAGUUCUUAAUUUACUAUAUUCCCACUAAUCCAACACACCAACAUCAAUGGUUAAUCCCCAUAUUCUUUGCCAGUGUUUUGCUAUGAGGUAUAAAGUCAUACACUAACUAGUGUUUGGACAAAACAGUUGCUACAGGAUGCCUGGACUAUUACUAUUGAGGUUUCGUGGAGUAUGUCUAAAAAUGCCACAGUUCUUAAAUUUGCCUUUUUAAUCCAGGGAUUACAGUUCGCUACGAUUCUAGAAGCAAUCAGUAGCCCAAAAUAAACCUAAGUUAUAAUUUUAUUUUAAACUGGAGUUUGAAACACGCCUAAUCAUAAAUAUAGACAUAAAUCAGGGUGAAUAUACUUCUUCCAUCAAUAUAUCCAUUAUUGUAGCCGGUCAUAACAUUGAUUCAGGCAUGAAACUUGGUGUUUUUUGUUUUUUUUUUUUUGUAUUGAGAAAUUUUUCUCUUUGAUAAGGUUCAAUCUUUUAUCUAGUAGUAACCAGUGAUUCAGUUUUAGGUAUUUUUUUAUACAAUGAUUUUUUUGUGUGUUCUGAAUGUCUAAAAAAAAUGACAAAAAGAAUGAAAGAAAAAAGUAAAAGAAAAAGCAAAAAUUUAUCUUCUUAUUUGAUUGUAGUUGUUAUAGGUUAUAUGGGAGUCGUUAUGAGAUUAGAGAAAGUAAAAGGCUAAACAACAGCAGGUGCAAUGUACACAUUGUGAGGAGUGUACAUCCUCUUAUCAUCAUGAGAUAUGAAAUUGGAGAUAGAUCCAUUUAUUUGAACUAGGAUUGAUCACCAGCUUUGAUUGAUAAUAUAACACUUGGGUAAACGAGAGAGAUUUUAUAAUGAAUAUUGUCUUAUCCAUACAAGGUAUUUGGCUCAAAUAUAAAUAUAAACUCCAACUAAUAUUUUGAUGAAUUUCCCUGUGCAGAGAAAAAAAAAAGUUUUUUGCAGUUUUUAACAAGAUCAUAGGAACAUCUAAAGAGCAGCACUCACCAUUCAAAGGGCUUUAUAAGAUAAAAUCCGUCAUCCUGGAAGAAAAUAUAAAGCUUUUUUUAAAAAAAUGGGAUUUUCUUGGAUGGGUCCUAACUUUUAAGUACAUUAUAAGAAAAAUCCAACAAGAUUUAAGUGUAGGCUAUUCAUUUUAAUGUGUUUGGAUCGUCUUACUGUAAGGCCAAGUUCUGUCCAAAUUUCAGUAAUGAAGCUAUUAUUCUAAGGUGCAGUUGAACACUUUUGAGGGGCGCAAAUGUUUUUCUAAAUCUCUUCCUUGUGUGAAACAGACCCCUCGGUAUGGUGCUACCAAGUUGUUCUAUUCAUGUAAAACUUGAAAAGCUUAUCUUCAAUCCAGGUACUCUUUAUAUCAUUGAAGCGUAACGUAUUAAUCUCCCACCACAAACGUUGUUCUAUCCAUGCGGGUAGCUGCUAAUUCCAGUGCUUGAGGAUGAAAAUUUUGGAGCACUAGCAACAGGUUUAGACCUUCAUUUUGGGGUUUUUCUAACAUUCUAAUCAAAGUUUUUUUCAUUUGAAUGGUCAAUAUUUGGGGUUGGAAGGUGACUUCAAAGACUUCCUGUAAGGUGUGAUCAAAUCCCUGUCCUAAAUCUGAUAGUUACUGAGUUCUAACCCACAAAAAUAAAACUAUUGAUGUGCAACUUGUAAUGGGGCAUUCACACUCUCUGAAUACUAGUGGUGGUCUAUGUAUAUUUUGGAGCUGGUUAUGUUGGGAUAAGCAGAAUUCCAAUAUGCUCUAUUAUUAGGAUUUAUUAUAUUAAUUGCUUAUAUAACAUCAUACCCAUUUGACAAAAAAAUAACUAGACAAACGUAUCACUGUAAGCCAAAAAUGUAUAUGAAAAUAUUUUUUUUAAUGGAUUGCAUGUAAACUUUUAACAGUCGUUAUAUGUCAAUGCAAAAUCAACGUUUCUGAGAAAAACAGACAUUUACAUGGAUUGCAUACAAUUAGCCCAUCUCUCCAUGUUGAUGUGAGAGCAGGUGUAUUGUCUGCCAUUGUUAAGUCAGAUAAGUGCAUCUCAUAAAUACAUCAUACACAAUUGGUGAACCAUUUUACAAAACCAACUUGGCUGUAAAUCAAAUAUUUUCUAUAAAAGAUCAAUGAACGUUCAAUUUUGGUUUUCCCCCAAAACCACCCAUUAAAGUAAAAGCAUAUAUUGAUAUUUAUACAAAUAGUGGAAAAAAGGUUAUAUAAGGUCAAGAUUUAAAAUAGAAUAUAAAUAAUCAAAGUUAUGUUUAAUACAGGAGAAGAACAAGAAAUGUACAAAUUUGGCCGGUGUGAAUGGUUUGAUGUGGAGGCAAUAUGUUCUUUGAAAAUAUUCAUGUUUUUUAUACAUAUAUUUUAUGUACAUUUAUUGCUGCUUUUGUGAGCUUCUUAAAGAAUAAUUUAUUUUGCUUAUUUAGAGUGCAGUGCAGUUGUUUUAAUUGUGUACAUGAAUAAAAAAGGGUAGAAAAAACAUUUUUGACCUCAAAGGCAGUGCUGUUACACCACUGUCAAGUUCAGGACUUUAAUUUCUCUCUUACAUGAAGCUUAUUACGUGUGCUAAUUAGGCUGCUAAAUCAAAUAUACUGGUGUGAGUUUAGGAAGGCUGGAUUAGCAGAGGAAAGAGAACAUUGUGUUAAUUAUAGCGACCGUAUUCCUGUACUGACUGCUGACAGUGCAAAAAAAAAAAGUAUAAAGCAGAUGACAGCAGUUUGAAUUUGGAUAUGCACAGAAUCUAAAUGUAAUCCCAUGCAGCACUUCUGCGGUAAUGCAGUGAAAGGGGAGUAUUUCUGGAUAUAUCCGGCUUCACGCUCUGAGUCAGUGAAAUGUAACCCCCCUUUUUCUUCUCUUUCAAGCUGCUCACCUUUUAGAGCGUCUCACUGGCUGUGUGUCAGACUGAACAAGAUGAAUAACCAGGGAUCUUGUGGUCAAGUGCAUGUUAGAUGUGCAGUCAGUGACAGAACUGAUUGAUUUCACCAGUGAUGAUGUACUUACCGGGUUGCACAUAUGAUUAGCUCCAUGCGUGCCUUCUGCCUGGUAAAAGACUGUUGACAACUGAAACAAUAGUAUUUUGUUCUCACUCAAUGGAUUACAGUGUUAAGGAAAAAAUAUGUUUAUGAACAUAUAUAAGGGUUAUGUUGCUAAUCAAGUUCUGCAUAAACUAUGAGCCAGUUCAAGUUUGUUUUGAUUCAAACCAAUAUAGUAUGUAGUUUUGGGUUCGACCUAAUAUAAGAAUCAUCUAGCUGGGCUGUAAUAUCUGGGCUUAAAUUAAGUUAUGCCAAUAUUUGAUUUAAGUAUUCAUAGAAAAUUUAUAAUAUAUAUAUUAAAUAUACCAAAUCAAUGUAUUUUUUGACACAGCGAAAUUCAUAAUCCCCGUUAAAUGACAAUUUUAUUUAAAUUGCUGUUCUUUUCCUAAAUUGUUCAUAUCUUUUCUCAAAAUUCAAAUCUUAAAGCAGUCAAAUGUAUCCACAAAAAUUGCAAGAAAAGUUAAAAUUCUUAUGAAUUUGGCUUUUUAACCUGCCUACUUUGACUUCUUAAACAGUUCUUUGGUCAAAAACUGAAAAAGCAAGGUUAGUACUUGUUCUAGCUUCAUAAUAGGGAAGAUGCUAAUGCUAUCCUAAAUUAGCAAACUUAUUUUGAAUGAACAGAAGCAUAAACAACACAUGAACACUGGAAUUACUUUACUGCAUCAAUGUAAUAUCUUCAAAUGGCUUUUAUUUUCUGUAGAAUAGUUUUGAUUAACUUUUUUGUUUGUACAAAUACCACCACCAAAACACAAUGUAAUGUAAAAACACAAUUUCAGGAGCAUUUAAAGCAGAAAUAAAUAUAUGCUCUUAGCUUCAGUUUAUGACCAAUUCUGUUGCCCAGAGUCAAUUGUGUUUAACAUAGCUAAAAUAAAUUAGAACUAACAAAAGUUCCAGGUUUUCUUUAGCAUUCAAUAUGCAGUGUAAUUUGUUACCAUUUCCUAUUUAAAGUUUUAGAAAAAAAUCAUUGGGAUUUGUGGUUCCAAUAUGGUUGCAGCUUUGAAAUUGUAAGCCUGAUAUAUUCUCUUGUCUUGGCCAACAUGGAUGCAUUUUUAGACCCAGUGUUUAGGGAACCCAACCUAUAUUUUGUCCCAACAGCAAAAACCCAGUAUUUAGUGUAAAACUCCUAAAUGAAAAUUGACUAAAACAAGUAACACUAUUGUGCCAGAAUUGCUAAUAAACUUUACAAUAAGGUUUUAAACUUCUUCGUUCCUUUGUAAAUCAAGAUGUAGUGAUUAAACAUAGCUGUAUAAUUAUUCUUGCAUCUUACUAUUCCUUAUUGAAUGAUGUGGAAGGGGUUCAGAGAAGUCAGAUUUGCUUUUGUAUAUUUAAAAACUGGCCAUUAGGAGGUUAUAUCUGUUUUGCAAUCAACAGUCACCAAUUGUGACCCAGUGUUUCGCCAGUUGGACCCAACUUCUGUCCCAACAGAAUAAUCCCAGGGAAUGGGUAAAAAAAAAAAAAAAAAAAAAAAAAAAACAGCGUUUCCUUUGUU